UAUAUAUGUAUAUAUUUGAUAUAUAUAUGACGUUAAUAAGUAGACAUGGCUUCAAAAGACAACAAUCUGUCUCUUUUAUACGGAGAAUUAAAUAAAUUAGGACAUAAUGCGGAAUAUGAAAGAGCUUUGAAAGUUGCUAAUAAAAUUCUAGCAUUCAUCCAAGAUGAUGAAGCAGCAUUGCAUUGUAAAAUAAUUUGUCUUAUUCAAUUGUCUAAAUUUAAUGAAGCAUUACAACUCGUCUCGAGACAUUCCAAACAAACCAGUAAUUGGGACUUUGAAAAGGCUUAUUGUCUAUAUCGUUUGAACCAAGUACCGGAAGCUCUGGAAGUGGUCGAAAAUGUUUCAAACCCAUCAUUAAAAUUGAAGGAACUCAAAGCCCAGAUUCUGUACCGGCUAGAAAAAUAUGAAGACUGUUUCGCAGUGUAUCGUGACAUCAUAAAAAAUUCAAACGACGAGUACGAAGAUGAGCGGGAGACAAAUUUAGCGGCUGUAAUUGUUAAUUUAGUAGCCGAGGGAUCAAAACUCGACGUUCCCCAGCUGCGAGAAGACACCUACGAGCUGACUUACAACGCAGCCUGCCGGCUAAUAGAGCAAGGAAGUAAUGGAGACCGUGUUGUGCUGGCGGAAGCCGAGAAGAAAUUACGAGCCGCUGAAAAACUUUGCAAAGAAGCUCUCGAGGAAGAUGCUACCGAGAAUGAGAUUGAUAACGAAGUGGGAAUCAUCCGGGUCCAACUGGGUUACUGUCUCCAGCUCCAGGGUCGUGAGAAAGAGGCUCAAGCUUUGUACAUGAACGUGCUCAAGAUGAAACCCGACGACAUGGCACUCGCAGCAGUCGCCAGCAAUAAUCUCGUGACCUUAAACAAAGACCACAAUGUCUUCAGUAGCAAGAAGCGAAUGAAGAGCGCGACCCUCGAGGGACUUGAGCACAAACUCACCUCAAGACAACGCAAAAGUAUCGCGUACAAUCAAUGUCUGCUGGCCCUGUACACCAACCAGGGCGAGCAGUGUCAAAAAUUGUGCGGAAAGCUCGUAAAAGACUAUCCGGAUAUGCGCGCAGACGCGUCAUUCGUUCAAGCUGUCCAACUUAGCAAGGAAUCUAAAGUACAGGAAGCUGUUGAACUGCUGAUGAAAAACGCUUCCAGUAAUGAUGAUUUAUGUAUGAAACUCGCUUGCGUUCAACUUUUGUUGCAGCAAGGCGAGCGUAAGAAAGCCAUUGAUAUACUGGAGAAUUUAAAUGAACGUGAUAGGUCGCUGUCGGGAGUUGUCAGUGCGUUGGUGACUCUCCAUAUGGCUGAUAAUAAUCGUGAGCGUGCAUCAGCUGUCCUCAAAGAUGCUGUUAAUUAUUACAAGCGGAAUAAAGAAAAAACUGGUGACUUGGGUACAUUAUGGCGGCAAGCAGCAGACUUUCAUUUACGUGGAGGUGAAGUUGCUGUCGCUGCGGCGAGUCUUGAAGCACUUCUAGAGGCUUCUCCUAAUGACACCAAGACACUCGCACAACUUAUCGUUGCUUAUGCUAAAUCUUCACCGGCUAAAGCUCAAGCACUUUCUAAACAAUUACCGCCGCUUGAUCAAGUAGCCGGAGUUAUUGAUGUCGAUGCUCUGGAAAGCAGUAACUGGGUUAUUGGUACUAAGGUUAUAAAAAGGAAAGUUGAACCUUCGCCUGGUAAACCUGGGACAGAUCCGACCCAGAAGACUAAGAAACGCAGAAAGAGGAAGGGCAAGUUGCCGAAAAAUUACGACUCGAGUGUAGCUCCCGAUCCGGAGAGAUGGUUACCCAGGCACGAAAGAAGCGGGUUCAGGAAAAAGAGAGAUCGUAGAAACAGAGAUGCUGCUAUGAAAGGCACACAGGGAACUGCUGCUGGUGCUAGUGAUCUUUAUGACAUCACAAAAAUGCCGGCUAAUGUUAAACCCUCGCCCAAUCCGCGGCAUAGUCCUGCUGUGGAGGCUGCGGGCCCACGGCAGCAGCAGAGAAAAGUCCAGCAAAAGAAAAAGAAAAAGGGCGGCAAGUGGUAAUUAUUUGAUUUAAAU